AUGACAGAUGAUAUAGUUUUUGAAAAUAUGGUGAUAGACGAUACAAUAGUAGAAGAAGAAGAUGUUGAAAUGAAAUACUAUUUAAAAAAUAAAAAAGAGUUUGAAUUUUUAGCAAAAGAGAUGUUAUCAGGUAAAAAGAUAUUAUUCAUUACAGGUGCAGGUCUCUCUAUUAAUUCUGGUAUUUCAGCAUAUCGUAAUACAAAGACUAGUGUAUGGUCAAACUUUAUUACCGAAUGGGGUACAAGAAAAAAGUUUGAACAAGACCCAGCACAAUUUUGGAAUCACUUUUGGUUAAGAACUCAUGAAAAGCAAGAAUAUCUUGAUGCACUACCAAACAGUGGUCAUCUUGCAAUUUCAAAUUUUGUAGAAUAUUUAGGAUCAAAUGUUAUUACACAAAAUGUUGAUGCACUUCAUUUGAAAGCAAAAGUACCAAUAGAGAAAUUGGUGGAAGUUCAUGGUAGAAUUUCAUUAUAUAAGUGUAUUACCAAGGGUUGUAGAUUCGAAUAUGAUGAUACUAUUGAUAAUAUUGAAAUUGGUGACUACUCAAUCAAUGGCACAACAAUGAAACAAGGUAAUCUUGAAAUCACUCCUCCACUUUGCCCAGAAUGUAAAAAACCAAUUUUACCACAAUCACUUUUAUUCGAUGAAAAUUAUUCUUCUCAUCAAUUUUAUAAUAUUGAAAAAGCAAUGGAUUGGAUUCAAGAAGCUGAUAUUUUUAUUUUUAUUGGUACAAGUUUUUCAGUUGGUAUUACUGAAGAAGUUAUUUGUCAUGCUCAAAGUGAACGUAAAAAAAUGUUUAACUUUAAUAUAUUUAAAGAAACAAAGAUAUCAGGUUUAAAAAGUAUUGUUGGUAAAAGUGAAAUUACAUUACCAUUAUUAGAGAGACAAUUACUUUAUGAAGCUCAAAAAAGAAAUAAUGGUAAAAAACAAAUUUGGUAUGGAAAUACUAUCAAAAGAAUAGUCUCUGAAAAUUCAAUGUUAUUAAAAGAAGCAAUGUUAAAAAAUGAUACAAAAUCAAGUGUAAAAGUGUAA